AUGGUUUGUUUUGAGGCAACCAAAGAGUUCACAUUCGGGGGCCACGGAGGUAGUGUUGACCAGGUAUGUUGGCAUGCUUCAAACCCAGAGUUGCUCAGCACGGCCAGCGGUGACAAGAGUGUGCGAAUUUGGGAUGCGAGAUAUCAGAAAUGUGCAGCAACCAUUAAUACAAAAGGAGAAAACAUAAACAUAACAUGGUCACCAGAUGGCAAUACAAUAGCAGUCGGCAAUAAAGAAGAUCUUGUCACUUUCAUAGACUCACGGACAUAUAAGAUUAAAGCCGAAGAACAAUUUAAUUUUGAGGUUAAUGAGAUCUCAUGGAAUAAUCAAAGCUCUCUAUUUUUCCUCACUAACGGACAAGGCUGUAUCCAUAUAUUGAGUUAUCCCGAGCUAGAAUUGCAGCAUGUACUAAAAGCACACCCAGGUACCUGUAUUUGUAUAGAAUUCGACCCCACUGGAAGAUAUUUUGCAACAGGAUCUGCUGACGCUUUAGUUUCACUUUGGGACGUUGAUGAACUGGCAUGUGUGAGGACCUUCUCUAGGUUAGAUUGGCCAGUCAGAACGAUCAGCUUCAGCCACGAUGGGCAGCUCCUAGCGUCGGCUAGCGAAGACCUGGUGAUUGACAUAGCGGAAGUUGAGACGGUGAGCGAAGGGUCGGGGACAUUCCCGUUGAAGCUGCCCACCUUCACUGUCGCGUGGCACCCGAAGAUGUACCUCCUCGCGUACGCCUGUGACGAUAAGGAACAGUACGAUCGCAAACGGGACACCGGGAAUCUCAAAGUGUUCGGGUUUCCUUCAGACUAGUGUUAA